CGAGCAGCGGAGGUGAUGGUCCAGCACGUGGAGAACCUGAAGCGGCACCACAUGCGGGAGCACGCGGAGCUGGAGGAGAUGAAGCGCCUGAUCCAGCAAAACUCCCGCAACCGGCAGCUGGCGGAGACCCAGGACGAUGCGGAGCCAUGGCUGAGGCCUCACCCCCUGAUGCGAACUUUCCAGCAGGGGUCUGCCCGCCGCAGAGUCAGCAUCGCCGUCAUCCCCAAGCAGUUCUUGCCAGGUGCCAGCCCUGACAGCCGAGCAGCCCCAGCCAGUGAGCUGGAGAGGGAGGGGGCCCAGCGCCAGCCCAGCACCCAGAGGAGCGAGCUGGACCUGCAGGGCCAGGGCAGCGCUGUGACCAGGGAGCCGGUGGCCGAGGCAGAUGGCAGAGGCUCAAGUGCAGGGGACGAGGAGCCGGAGCAGCUUGGGCUGACGUCCAAGGGGUCCCCGACGGAGCUGUGGCGGCCAUGGCUCUUCCUCCCGCAGCACUACUGGGUUUUCUUCUGGCUGCUUCUCCUGAGCAUCGCCUUCCUCCUCCUCGUCCGCGUCCUGGAGCUGCAGCGGCUGCAGCCUGCGGCAUCACCCAAGGCCUAGCCGGAGCAGGGAGGGGGAGGCGGACGGGGGGCACCCACUCUCCGUCGCUGCUCCUUCCCUGCGCUGUAAAACACUAAAACCCUAGAAUAAUAAAAUGGGAGGAAAAAA